UUCCCACUCUCCAUCCACAUUCAUUCAUUUUCCAGGCAAUUACUCACAUCUGAAUCAUCAAUUAAAUAUCAAACAUUAUAACUUCCACCCACCCAUCUACCAUCUUUCUUAAAUUUCCAUCAAAAACACCAUUCAAACAAAACAAAACAAGAACCCAUCAUGUCAAACCCUAAAAUACUCAUCCGAGAGGUCUGGUCCAAUAACUUGGACUCAGAAUUUGACCUAAUCCGAACCCUAAUCGAUCGCUACCCAUACAUUUCAAUGGACACAGAAUUCCCCGGCGUCAUCUUCCGCCGCCCUGUAUCCGACCACCGCUUAUCUACCUCCGAUGAUAACUACAACCUAUUGAAAUCAAACGUCGACGUUUUAAACAUCAUACAGCUCGGCCUCACUCUUUCCGACGCUGAUGGUAACUUACCAGAACUCAGCACCGGGGAAAAACUCAUCUGGGAAUUCAAUUUUCAAGAUUUCGAUUUGGAACGCGAUCCUCAUGCCCUCGAUUCCAUCGAGCUUCUUCGCCGUCAAGGUAUCGACUUUGACCGGAAUAAGAAGGAGGGAAUCGAAUCGGGUCGGUUUGGGGAGCUGAUGAUGUCGUCGGGUCUGGUUUGUAAUGAUGUGGUUAGCUGGGUGACUUUUCACAGUGCUUAUGAUUUUGGUUAUUUGGUGAAGAUUCUUAGUCAGAAGGAAUUGCCGGUUGAUAAUGAAGGGUUUAUGGAAAUUGUGAAGGUUUUUUUUGGGGAGAGAGUUUACGAUGUUAAACAUUUGAUGCGUUAUUGUCGGAGUUUGUACGGUGGUUUGGAACGGGUGGCUCGGAGUCUUGAUGUGGUUCGGGCGGUGGGGAAAUGUCAUCAGGCUGGUUCGGAUAGCUUGCUGACGUGGCAUGCGUUUCAGAAGAUGAGAGAUAUUUACUUUGUCGGAGAAGAAGGGCCGGAGAAACACGCCGGCGUCUUGUACGGCUUAGAGGUUUUAUGAACAGACAGACAGACCUAAUUCUGUUUAAGUUAAUUAUUUGCUAAUUAAUAAUAAUAAUAAUUAAGAUGGUGGGUAUCAUCUAUUUAAUCUUUUUUUUUUAUGAGGAAUUGUAAAUGUAUUUCAAAUAAAUUCUUUAUUGACUUAUUUAUA